AUGUUGACUCUGCCUUCCAUCAUAAUUGUGUCCUACGAAGUCAAGAAUGCAUUUCUAUUACUUUCAGUCCUGGAGUUUGCUCUGGGAAUCCUGGCCAAUGCCUUUAUUUUCUUGGUGAAUUUUUUGAGGAAGCAGCCACUAAGCAACUGUGAUCUUAUCCUGCUAUGUCUCAACCUCUCUUGGCUUUUCCUGCAUGCUCUGUUUCUGGGUGCCAUACAGCUUACCCAUUUCCAGCAGAUGGAAGACCCACUGAGCCUCAGCUACCAAACUAUCAUCAUGCUCUGAAUGAUCACAAAUCAAGCUGGCAUCUGGCUUGCCACUUGCCUCAGUCUCCUCUACUGCUCCAAGAUUGUCCAUUUCUCUCACACCUUCCUGCUCUGCUUGGCAAGCUGCAUCUCCAGGGAGAUCCCCAAGAUGCUCCUGGGUGCUAUUCUUUUCUCCUGUGUCUGCACUGUCCUCUGUUUGCGGGACUUUUUCAGUACAUCUCACUCCACAGUCUCAACUAUGCUAUUCAUGAAUAACAAUUCGCAACUCAAUUUGCAAAUUGCAAAACUCAAUUUCUUUCAUUCCUUCCUCUUCCACAGCCUGGGGUCCAUCCCACCUUUCUUAUUUUUUUCUGUUUCUUCUGGUAUGUUAAUUAUCUUCCUGGGGAGGCACAUGAGGACAACGAGGGCCAAAACUAGAGAGCCUUGCCAUCCCAGCCUGGAGGCCCAGAUCAAAGCACUCAAAUCUCUCAUCUCCUUUCUCUGCCUCUAUGUGGUGUCGUUCUGCGCUGUCCUCAUCUCAAUACCUCUACUGAUGCUGUGACAUAGCAAGAUUGUUGUAAUGGUCUCUGCAUGGAUAAUGGCAGUUUGUCCCUCGGGACAUGCAGCCAUCCUGAUCUCAGGCAAUGUUAAGCUGAGGGGAGCUGUGGAGACCAUUCCACUCUAGGCUCGGAGCAGCCUAAAGGUAAGGGCAGACUACAAGGCAGAUCCCAGGACACCAGAUCUAUGUUGA